AUGCGCCGCGGUGGCGAGGGCAUGGAGAACCGCCCCGCGUACCUGCUGAUCAAGUACGAGGUGCCCCCGACACUGCACGACCGCUUCAUUGAGGAACUGGAUCGUCACGACAAGAAUCUCCGCGAUGUCAAGGGUCUAAACUUCUACCAGAAGACCAAGAACGUGAUCGACAAUGUCUUUUUCUGGAGCUACACCGAGUGGGACACCUUCGGCGACCUGAUGGACCACUGGGAUUCUCGCGAGCACAGGGAUUUUCACGAGUGGAUCAACGACAACGAUAUUCUGGUCGAGGCCUUUCCACUGGAGGCUCUGGGAGACGAGAAGCGGGAGUACCGCGCGGAUCGCGAGGGCGAGAAGGCCGCCACCGCCGCCCGUGCUGCCGCCGCCAAGGACCUGGAGCGCCGCCGCCGCCGUGGUCGCGAGAUCGAGGAUUGGGACCCGCGAGACGAGCCGGCACACACCGCUAUCCGCUUCCACAUCAUGCCAUCGCAGGUAAACGACUUCUUGGAUGCUUUCGAGGACCUGCAGAAGCGCGUGGUGAAGGACGAGGACGAGAACCGCUUUUUCGUCCUCCGCAAGUUCGCCACCAUGAACCACCACUACCUGAUUCGCGGCGCCUGGGACUCCCUGGAGGGCUAUCUGGACCACAUCACUUCCGACCACUUCAUCAACCUGAGGCAGUUCGCCAAGGACAACAACAUCGAGUGGUACGGCGUUCCCUUCCGUGUUCUCUUCAGCAGCGAGGAUUACUAG